GCCUGCUGCAUCCAGACCUCUGGUCCAGUCCAGUGAGCUGCUCUAGUCCUGAGAGGCCCCUUCUCAGUGAAGUAGACCAGCCACUGCCUCCCCACCCUGCAUUAUCCUUCACUUCUCUGUUCAAGGCUGCACCUGGAAGGAAGCCACAGCCAACCUGAGGAUGCAGCUCCCCAGCAUCUUCCCACUCAUCCUUUUGUUUGUCGCUGGAAUAGUUCUGUCUGGGCCAUCUACUCCCAUCAGAAGCAGAGUGAGACGACAGAACAUGAAAGUGCGCAUCAACGCUACAGGAGACACAAUCGUCAUGAAGUUCCUGCGUCCCAGCCCGGACACCAAACUUGAAGGUUACAUCCUGGGCUACGGCAGCAGCAUGUUCUCCAAACAGUUCAUUCAGCUGCCUGAGAAUGGAAAACCCUAUGAGACAGAGUUUGACGCUGAACCCAAAUAUCUAAUCGCUGUCCAGCCAAUUCCUGUCAAUGAUGUGAAAAAACAAUGCACAGGUAAAGUGGAACUGGAAAAGCCACUUCAUUUGGUCAUUGGCACCGUGACGCCUACAUCAGUGCUGCUAUCCUGGGGCACACUGCUGAAAACCCCCUACGAGUCCAACAUCAUGAACGACUGUCUGGAGGACGGACACUACACGGUCCGAUAUCGUGAGAGGAACAGGAAGUGGAAUUAUCAGACCUGUCCCACGAGUGAUACCGUCAUUGACAACCUCAAACCCAACACUGUGUACGAGUUUGGUGUUCAGCCCAACACUAAGGAAGGCAAUGGACACUGGAGCAAACCUGUCAUCCACAACAUCAGCAACAACGGGGGAUCGGAGGACAAGGCCCAAGGCAGAAAACCAGUCAAACGAAUUCAAAACCCGUUGAAACCUUUCACGAACGGCCAGCACUCCCUCCCCUUCACGCCCCGUCAUGUUCCACAUAACAGGACCCAGGUCAGACCGCAAAUCUUCCGGAACGUAGCUCCAAAGACAACUCUUGCUCCAACCACUACUAGGCAGGAUUCUGUGUUGACACCUCGGCCCACACUCCCUGUUGUGACCAAACAGCCUGGACGAGAAGACGUCAUCAGUUUCAUAUUGCCUCAUCAGCCAAUGAAAAAUGUUCAAGAACUUAAUCCCAAGAUUUCUAAACCUGCCAAGAUUCAACCACACAUUCCAAAAAAUCAGUCACAAACCCAAAGUUAUUACGUCAAAUUUUCUCCUUUUCAAAAACCUGAGAUUAAAACAACACUGCAGCCUUACCCUCCAGCCCCAGCUUUCACAACCAAGCCACCAGCUGCAGUCUCUCCUCCCACACCAAAACCAAAAGCACAAACAACUCCACCAAAGACCUCGGCUGCACCAAUGACCAGUCUCCAAACUGAGACCAAAUCUACAAUAACGUUAAAGACAACGCUCACAUCCAAAGUGCAGAGCAGCCCGCCCUUAUUAAAGACACAGGCACCGCCCAAGGUCCCGCCCAAAGGCUCAACACAUCGCAAGAAACAGCCAAACCCCCAACCUCAUCCAAGGCGCCAGUCUCAGGCCAGCACUGACCCUGCUGCCUCUAAGCAUGCUCGUCCCACUGCUCCUAGUUCUCCAGAAGAGGGCAAGCCUCUGCAAACACCUGCCCUGGCUACAGAGAAGGCCGGUAGUGGCCAUCGGGGUACUGGCAGCCGUAGACCAUCCACUGGCGAUGGGGCUCAUUCUUCCACUAGCUCAUCCACAGUUCCUCCAGUAGAAAGAAAGCCUCCACCUCGUGUUGCACCUAACCCCUCUCGCACUGGUGACAAACCAUUAUCUCAGACCAAGACUUUCCACUCCUCCAACACACCUGGGGCUGGUGGGGUGCAUCAUAGGGGCAAUGCGUUCCCUAAACCUGCAGAGUGGCCCAAAGAGAAACCUGCUGUUCUGCAGCCAUCCUCUUCAGUCAACAAGAAAACCAACCUGGUCGGGAAGCCUAGUGAUGAUAAACUCAUGGAUCUGAAGCAAGGAGACAAGGAGUCCAUCUUGAAUCCAUUCCCCCAGGUUACAACCAAGCCUAAGCCAGAGCGCCGGCAGCAGACAACCACCUCUGCCCCAGCAGUAAACAAUAGUCGCUUUGACGGCAGUGAGAAUUCGUCUGUAUUCAGACCUCGACCUGCAUCAGAUGUGGACAUAAUGGGCAAAAAGCGCUUUGUUGCUCCUCACGUGAUCUACAAGACGGACAAAAAGCCAGAUGAGCCCUGCUCCAUCACGUCCUCCAUGGCUUAUUUCCCAGACGAGGAGGGAAAUGACAUCAGUGUCACUGGGCCUCCCAAAGCCCCACCCUCUAACCUCACGGUGGUCACAGUUGAGGGAUGUCCAUCUUUUGUCAUCCUGGACUGGGAGAAGUCUGACAAUGAAACAAGAGAGUAUGAAGUUGUGUCAACCACUAAAGGCCCAAAUGGAGAAGAAAUCUCAGUGUUGACUACUAACCAGACACAUACAGCUGUGGAGAAUCUGAAACCAGAGAGCAGCUAUGAGUUCAAAGUGACACCAAGGAAUGAGCUCGGAACAGGACCGUCCAGUGACCCUGUGUCUUUUAGCACAGAAUCAGCGGACCCACGUGUGAGUGAAUAUGUAGCAGGCAAAGAUGCCAUUUGGACUCAAUUCCCAUUUAAAGCUGAUGCAUAUUCUGAAUGCAAUGGAAAACAAUAUGUGAAGAGAACUUGGUACAGAAAGUUUGUAGGCAUCCAGCUCUGCAACUCUUUGAGAUAUAAGAUCUAUCUAAGCGACUCGCUCAAUGGAAAAUUUUAUAACAUUGGUGACCAGACUGGAUUUGGUGAGGACCAUUGUCAGUUUGUUGACUCCUUCUUGGAUGGACGAACUGGAACACAAUUGUUUGCUGAGCAGCUACCAAGCCGACAAGGGUUCUUCAGAGCUUUGCGACAGGAACCUGUACACUUUGGAGAGAUUGGAGGAAAAUCUCACGUCACUUAUGUGGGCUGGUAUGAGUGUGGUACACCCAUACCUGGAAAGUGGUAAAAGCAUGAAGACCUUUACCUCAACACUUAGGCCAAACACACCUGCAAGGUGGUGGGCCUCGUAAACAUGGACAGUCAGUGGGCCUGUACGGAGGCUUUCAAUCCCAAAGGGAACCAAAUAGGAGCCCUGAACCCAGUUGUGUGUAAUUGUAAUAUUAGUUAUAUCUAUUUAUCAAACAUGUCUCUGUGGACAGCAGUUUGUGUGAUAAGAAAAGCUGAAUAUAAUCAGACAGAACUUUGGGAAGCUGGCUCCCAAAAUGUAAUAACUUGUAUAAUAUUAUUUAUCAGUGGAUUGUUAGAGACUAUUCUGUACUACUUAGUACACACAUAAGAACGAGGUUUCUAAAAAAGAUGUUUUGUAAAAAAUCUAAUUUGAGGAGUUUGUAUGGUAUAAAAAUGUUGUAUAUUUUGUUUUGAUUUUUUUUUUUUUCUACAAAAAUCUUGUUUGGUAGACAAAUAAAAAUGUAAACUAUAAUACUGCAACAUUAAUAUAUGCAAUCAAUUCUUACAAUUUUUAAUCAGGCCAACUGUUUGAUUUAAGUCACUAUGAACACAUUUUUGACCAUUACUAUGUAUAUUAAGUAAAAACGACAGGUUACUUUGUGAUGGAAUGUACUGUAUUAAAAUGUUGGUUUAAAAACUGUAAAAAAAAGAAAAAUAUUUACACUGCAAAAUGUAUAUAGUUUUGCAUUUUUAAAAUAAAAUGCCAAUAAGAUUUCUG